UUUCUUACUAUAAAAAGGAGCUGCUCGACGCAAUUGCCUUCCACCAUCAAAUGCGCUGUCCCCUCUCUCUCUCUCUUCGAGAAUUUUCCGUGCUGCUCCAAAAACCUCUGAAAAGAGAAAAUCAGUUUAGAAUCUUCGUAAUUAGGAAAACCUGAAAUUUGCAUCACAAAGAGCAAACCCUAGGAAUUGCGUGUGCUACGUACGGGUUUGCCGAUCAAACAUUGAUGAUUUCAAUUAUCUGAUAGCAUUCAUUUUUGGAGUUCGUUUUCGUUGUGUUUUUUUUUCGACCGUGAAGGUGCGUGUGGCUUUGCUUAUUCCAUGCGUUGCGAUUUGUUUCGUGGCUUGUAUCGAGAUCGGGAUGGUUUGGAUUUAUCUCUUCUGCCUUCGAAUUUAAUUGCAUUGUGUCGUUUUUUUUGUGGCUGAAUGUUCAGAUCUGCUGUGGUUUUCAUUGGCUCUGGCGGAUUUGUAAUUUAUUUAUCGCCUGUGUUUAUGCUUUGUUAUCUUCUGCUUAGCGCAUGCGCGUGAAUAAUUCGAAACCAUGACUGGCCGUGUAUUUUGUGCUGUAUUUGAAUCGUUUUGCAAUUGCUUUUGAAUUAUUUGUCUGUGAGCUGGGGACUGUUUGUGUUGAAUAGGAACACUGCCAAUGCUCAUUUGAAUUGUGUGAUGCCAUUUUUGCCUCUUUUUACCCCCUUCACGCUGGAAGGACAUGUCAUACUUGAAGGGAGUUUAGUGAUAUAGUACUCUUGGUGGUUGAAUUAGCCCAGAUAUCAUUCAAUUGUCUCCUAUUGUUCUAACAUCAUGGUCGCCACUGCUGCAACUUCUGCGUUUCUCCAAAUACCUUCUCCAGCUUCAGACUCUGCUGGAAAAACACCAGGAAAGGCAUUAGGGAGUGUCCCUGCAAGUAUUGAUGCACGUGGCACCAAUGCUAAGUCAAAAUCCACAUCGUCGGGAAGAUUGCACGUUAAGGCUAACGCACAAGCCCCUCCCAAGGUCAAUGGCUCUAAGGUUGGCUCUAUGGAGUCUCUGAAGACUGAGGACAUGUCACCUCCACCGAGGACAUUCAUCAACCAAUUGCCUGACUGGAGCAUGCUUCUUGCUGCCAUUACUACAAUAUUUUUGGCAGCUGAAAAGCAAUGGAUGAUGCUUGAUUGGAAGCCAAAACGGUCAGAUAUGCUUGUUGAUCCUUUUGGUUUGGGGCAGAUUGUACAAGGUGGUUUUGUGUUUCGUCAAAACUUCAGUAUUAGAUCUUAUGAAAUAGGGGCAGAUAGGACUGCUUCAGUAGAAACACUGAUGAAUCAUUUGCAGGAAACAGCUCUAAAUCACGUAAAAAAUGCUGGGCUGCUGGCUGAUGGCUUUGGUUCAACACCAGAGAUGUGCAAACGAAAUUUAAUUUGGGUGGUUUCCAAAAUGCAGGUUGCUGUAGAUCGCUACCCUACAUGGGGUGAUGUUGUUCAAGUAGAUACCUGGGUAGCUGCAUCAGGAAAGAAUGGUAUGCGUCGAGAUUGGCUUGUGCGUGAUAGUAACACCGACGAGAUAUUAACUAGAGCUACAAGUCUAUGGGUAAUGAUGAAUAAAGAGACACGGAAGUUAUCCAAAAUGCCGGAUGAGGUCAGAGGUGAAAUAGGUAGCUACUUUGUGGAUUCUCCUCCAUUAGUGGAUGAUGAUAGCAGGAAACUACCAAAGCUUGAUGAAAAGACCGCAGAGAACAUUCAUAGUGGUUUGACUCCUAGAUGGAGUGAUUUAGAUGUGAAUCAACAUGUGAAUAAUGUUAAAUAUGUUGGUUGGAUACUAGAGAGUGCUCCACUAGAAAUAUUGGAGACUCACGAGCUCGCAGGUAUGACUCUAGAAUACAGGAGGGAGUGCAUGAGGGACAGUGUGCUCCAGUCACUCACUUCAAUUGUCGAGGAGGGUAGUGGUGACUCGUCUCACCCUGGCAUUGUCGAGUGCCAGCAUUUGCUUCGAUUGGAGGGUGGAGGUGAAAUUGUGAAGGGGCGGACCAAGUGGAGGCCGAAGUUUGUUGACAAGAUCGGAAGCUAUGGGCAGCUCCCGCACGAAAAUGCUUAACGUGAUGUGUGCAGCCAUGACGGUUUGGCCCAGCGCGUGCCCUUUCUUACAGUCUAGUAUAAUACUUUCUUACUUUCUUACUACUUGCUUAUCUCCCAUUUUAUUCUCUCAAUCCCAAUGUAAUAUCCAGUCUAAUUUAUGCCUUUCUUUUAUUUUCUUUAUUUUUUUUAAUUAAUUUUCGUUAUUUUUUAAUUCCUUUUGACGAAAAUACGAUCGGUUUCAAGUCAUUGUAAGUACCUAUCCUUCUUUUUUGUAUGCUGGCUUCCAUUAAAUUUCCCAGCCUUUGUUUGGUGUUGGUAAUGAAAGUUAGUUCAUAAGUGGGCA